CCACACUACAAGCAACCUACUUAGCCCCCAAGUCUCCCUUCUCCGUCACCAAGACCACAUCACAGCGCUAUCAUCAUCAUCUCACCCGUGCAGCCAUCCAAACCCAUCCCCGUUACACCCCCGUCUCCCUCUCCGCCACCCUCCUAGUCCUAUCUAUCUAUCCCCAGUAACCACCGGCCCCGCGCGGCCCCCCCAACCCAACCAUGGCGCACAUCCACGAGCUCGCAGCCGAGAUCUCCAACUAUGCCAACAACCGGCUGACCGACCCAUCCAAAGUCCGCUUCCCGCGCACGCCGGUGUUCGCGUCGAUGAACAAGCCGUCCCGGUUCGAGGGCGACGUGUUCGACCUGGAGAUCAGCGGGACGAUCCCGGCGGACAUCGACGGGACCUUCUUCCGGGUGCAGCCGGACCACCGGUUCCCGCCGCUGUUCGAGGACGACAUCCACUUCAACGGCGACGGCUCCGUCACGGCGGUGCGCAUCUCCGGCGGCCACGCCGACCUCAAGCAGCGCUACGUGCACACGGACCGCUACGUGCACGAGACGCGCGCCCGCCGCAGCCUGUUCGGCCGGUACCGCAACCCGUGGACGGACAACGAGAGCGUCAAGGGCGUCAUCCGCACCGCCAGCAACACCAACGUCGUCUUCUGGCGCGGCGUGCUGCUCGCCCUGAAGGAGGACGGCCCGCCCUUCGCGAUGGACCCCGUCACGCUCGAGACGCUGGGGCGGUACGAUUUCGAGGGCCAGAUCCUCAGCCCGACCUUCACGGCGCACCCCAAGUUUGAUCCAGACACCGGGGAGAUGGUGUGCUUUGCCUACGAGGCGGGCGGCGACGGCUCGGACUGCAGCGUCGACGUGGCGGUGUGGACGAUCGAUCGGGACGGCAAGAAGACGGAGGAGUGCUGGUACAAGGCGCCGUUUGCGGGCAUGAUCCACGACUGCGGCAUCAGCAAGAACUGGCUGGUGCUGGCGCUGACGCCCAUCAAGAUGGAUCUUGAGAGGAUGAAGCGCGGCGGGAACAAGUUUGCUUGGGACCCCAACGAGGACCAGUGGUACGCCGUGGUGCCGAGACGCGGCGGAAAGAGCGAGGAUAUCACCUGGUUCAGGGCGGACAAUGGUUUCCAUGGCCAUGUAGCAGGGUGCUAUGAGCUCCCGUCGGGCGAGGUGGUCUUCGACCUGACCGUGGCCGACGGCAACGUGUUCUUCUGGUUCCCGCCCGACGAGAACGUCACACCGCCCGACGGCUUCGCCAAGCGCAACCGUUUGACCUCGCCGACGGUGCGUUGGGUGUUUGACCCCAAGGCGAAGAAAUCAGCCAUUCGCACCCCCGGCGCCGGAGACGCCGACGUGUGGGUGGCCGACGAGCGCGUGAAGCCGGCGCUGACCUGGCUCACCAACGGCGAGUUCUCGCGCAUCGACGACCGCUUCGUCACCAAGCCGUACCGCCACUUCUGGCAGGCCGUCGUAGACCCGUCGCGGCCGUACGACUUCGAGAAGUGCGGCCCGCCUGCGGGGGGCCUGUUCAACUGCCUGGGCCACUACACCUGGUCCGAGGAGCACUACCACGCCGGCGGGUCGGUGCAGAACGGCGCGGCCGAGCAGCGCGACCUGAAGGGCAAGUUCGGCCUGGAGGACGUCUACUUCGCCGGGCCGACCAUGACCUUCCAGGAGCCGACCUUCAUCCCGCGCGAGGGCGGCGCCGAGGGCGAGGGCUACCUGAUCGCGCUGCUGAACCACCUCGACGAGCUGCGCAACGACGUGGUCAUCUUCGACGCGCAGCACCUGGCCAAGGGCCCGCUGGCGGUGAUCCAUCUGCCGCUGAAGCUGAAGUUGGGCCUGCACGGCAACUGGGUCGACCACCGCGAUAUCGACGCGUGGAAGCAGCGGCGGGCAGAGGGCGGCGACGUUGGCCCGCUGAAGGUUGCCACCGAGCCGCUGCCGUGGCAGAAGAAGCUGGCGCAGCAGAAUGGUACGAACGGUACGAGGGCUUGAGAUUAUUGUACAUAGAGGAGGGUGAGGGUCAAUGUGCAAGGGACUUGCUGUGAACCACUGAGCUAGAAACUUUGGUUACCCCAUUUCCCGUCAUUGGGACUUUAGGUCAUGGCCGUUAUAUUCCGACACUUGUCCGUGUUGCCGAGGCGUGUGCAGAAGUUGCUACUGUCGAAAAAAAAAAAAAAAAAAAAAAAAAAAAAAAAAAAAGAGGAUGUUUAACUAUGCGAGGUAAAACCGUCAACGGGUAGCACGUCAAGCGCCUUGUUGAGGAGACAGCUAGCGAACAAUAAACGGUUAACUCAUCACGAAGGAUUGUGAGUCUCUCAGUUGGGAAGGGAUGGGCAUCGAAAUUUCAACAUCC